GGCUCGCCGGCCGUCACCGACCCGGCCCCACACGCACAAAGGCCGCGCCGUGACUCGCCCUGCACCGAGGCCCCCGGCCCCGGGUCCCCGGCCCCACUCCUGCACCUGCUGGAGGCCGCGCGCCGCCGCUGCCAGUGCCUGACCUGACCGGGAAGCAGUUCUGGGCGGGCCGUCGCCGCGGUGACUCAUCCGCCUGCCCGGCAUCCCGGGCUCGGGCCAUCUUGCUCGCGGCCGGCGUGGCGGACGAAGCCGCGGAGACCCCAGGGUCCAACACAAGUCCAUCCUCGUCCAGCUGACCUUGGCCUGGUGAGCUGACCUCUGGUCAACAUGGUCCAACCCCAGGCAUCAAAAGCUGAACCCACGGCCCCUGCAGCUUCCACGAAUGCCCAGAUGGAUGACGUCAUUGACACCUUGACCUCCCUGCGCCUCACCAACUCGGCGCUGAGGCGGGAGGCCUCAACCCUGCGGGCAGAAAAGGCCAAUCUCACCAACAUGCUGGAGAGUGUGAUGGCCGAGCUGACCUUGCUGCGCACCAGGGCGCGGAUCCCGGGGGCUCUCCAGAUCACCCCGCCUAUCUCUGCAAUUACCUCAAAUGGGACUCGGCCACUGACCACACCUCCCACCUCUCUGCCGGAGCCCUUCUCCGGAGACCCCGGGCAGCUGGCGGGGUUCUUGAUGCAGAUGGACAGAUUCAUGAUCUUUCAGGCCUCGCGGUUCCCAGGUGAGGCCGAGCGAGUGGCAUUCCUCGUGUCCCGUCUGACCGGGGAGGCAGAGAAGUGGGCCAUCCCCCACAUGCAACCUGACAGCCCUUUGCGAAACAACUAUCAGGGGUUCUUGGCAGAGUUGCGGAGAACCUACAAGUCUCCGCUCCGACAUGCUCGGAGGGCUCAAAUCAGAAAGACUUCCGCCUCCAACAAGGCUGUGCGGGAACGGCAGAUGUUGUGCCGCCAGCUGGCCGCCACAGGCACAGGGCCAUGCCCCGUGCAUCCUGCCUCAAAUGGGACUAGUCCAACUCCGGCCUUGCCCACCCAAGCACGGAACCUUUAAAAACUUGCCACCCCUCUAGUAGUGUCCGCAGCCACCCAGGUAGCACCUGUUCUUUGCUGCAUAGAAGAAGUGUCUGUACAACAGCACAUCCCUCAUUUGAAGACAUCUCUUCCUGCCUCUCCAGACCUGUUCCAUCAGGAGAUCUUCCUUCCAUCCCUCUUGGGCGCCUUAGUGACCCUCCUUGCUGUGCUUUCUCCCGUUGUGUCCUGGCUUUGUACCUGCAGCUCCACGCAUGUUUCCCGCUCUUGCUUGCAACCCCAGCUCUUCUAAUGACUGCAUCUCUGCUAUUCAGUCACAACUGCACAACAUGCUUACAGGCCAUCUGGCCUGACCCCUCCCCCCCAGCCUCACUAGGUUCGUAGAUGCUUCUACGCCACCCUCUGCAGCCCCCAGGGCAGCUCCUCGGCUGUUGCCCUGUUCUCACCGAUGAACCGUGGACAGAGAGGCCAGUCUAGCCAAGCUGGUGGCUCAGUAUGUGUACCUGGAGGGUGGGGUCUGGCUUCCUGCUCACAGGUGGUCACCAGCCAGGCCAGGGCCCAGUGCAGCAGGCAGGGGCCUCGACCCUGCUAUCCGUGACCAAGUGAUCACGGCUGGCAGUGUAGGUCUAGCCCUUCUGGGUGGCAGACUUCACUUUGCACAUGAAUAUGCAUUCCAGUAUGCCCUGCCCCUGGGGAAGAGCUAAUACUGCAGCAGAAGGAAGAGUCCCCUGGAGGAUGCACCUUUAUUAAUGCCUGGCUUUACCUGGCAGUGUUUUGAUAGCUCCAGUUGUUUGGGGACUCUGAAACUUGCCUGCCAAAUAAGGUCCUUCUGGACUUUGGGCCACCUGGGUGGCUCCAACAAGCUGACAGAGGCCGCAGAUCCUCAUGUUUAAGCCUGAGACCGACCGUAGGCCGACUGGUCAACCCUAGGGACUUAUUUCGUACCCAAGAUCUCAUGAACGGCUAGUGUUCAGUCACCCCCCCCCCGCCUUUGCCCCAUGCCCCCCUGGCCAUUUCUGGGCCUUGCCUGACUUGAGACUAUUCCCUUCCACAUUCAGGUGGUAUGUAGCCCUCACUCAGCCCCUUCAGCCACCCAUACCAUCUCUGGGUCUCUCAAACCUCCGUGUAGCAUGUCCUCCCAGUGCCUGGGCUGUCCAUCAGAUGUCCAGCCUGCAUACGAGGAAACAUGUACUCCCUCUUAAUAAUGGGGAGCCUGUCUCCUCUGAGAUACAUCAUUAAGCACUUGGGGCAGGGAGAUAUCUGCCUCUGACAUCCCUAGCCAGGGCUUUGGCAGCAUGAGCUAUGGACUACCUCAGUCCCAAUGUGACAGUGCAGAACUGGCCCUCCUGUCCUAAUUUGGAGGGACAAAGCUAUACCUCUUAGUGGUGGAUGGCCUUGGGCUGCCUCACAGGAGAGACCAAGAAACCACUUCUAAAUGACACUUGACCAAGCCCUUUGAACUGUGAUGCUCCUGCCAUCUUCCAAUGCCAAAUGAACCCCAUUUACACGGCCACCUGGACCACCCUGGGUUCAGCUGCCCCCAGUCUAGGUGGUCUUGGCUUGCCAGUAGAGGGACAACCUCUGCACUGACCCAGAGACUUACGUCCUGGGGUACUAGACACGGUUCUGGAACCCACCCUCUCUUCCUAAGAGUUUUGAUGGCGCUGGGAGGUGACUGCGUUCCUGAAGCAGCCACUGCUUUGCAAGGUCAAGGAUGUUCAGUGGGUGCUGAGGUGCGUGGACCACUGCCACUGCUCAUUGUAGACUCUGUUAGCCCAACUGCCCUGCUGAACAACUGCCUGGAUACAGGCCUCAGGUUCCCCUGACUCCAGCCAAGGUUGUGCAGGUGGGACCAUGGUGCUCAUUACACAUGCCUGGAAGAGGGACGCACAGUGGGACCACCAUAGGGGGAUGGUGGUGGUGGUGGGGACCUGUGGUGGGAGGUGCACAGGUCACUUUCUCUUUGUGCUCAGUUCUCUUGACUCCAGCAGCUGCAUUAAUACAAUGUGUACCUGGCAGGAAGGGGUGCUCACAGGUGAAAGUACAAUGGCAUCUGGGGAGAAGGCAGCCUGCUGUGGUGUGCUGAAAGUGCUCUGGUGCUUUCAUUGGGAGCUGUGUUUCCAAGUUGUGCUCCUGCUGACGGGGCCAGAGCCCCACGUGCCACAGCUGGGUCUGUGUCUGUGUCCGCGAUGGGCCUACUUACUGCAUCUGGGCUGCGGUGCCCGGUCCAAGCUGCUGCUCUGGCUUUGUUGGCUUCAGUGACUUGAUUGUGUUGUGUCUCUUGGUGCUUCUGUUUUUGGGCUUGGGACUAGUGCUGUUGUACAUUUGUGACCUUGAUAGCUACCUACAACUUUGGAAAAUGAAGCAGAUGAGAGAAGGUCAGGGGGCUUCUCGUGGGUCUGGGAAGAAGCCCCUCCGUGAAGGUGCUGAGGAGCCUGCUGUGGUUCUAGAGGAAGACCCCUUAGUCCCCUUGGCGAGGAUGAGACCCAGGCUCCGUCAGCCCCACAUGGGACCAGAGUGACCGCGACUGAAGCUGAAGGAGAACGCGCAGGAGGCGAGAGGCUUGUACAUGUUUUGGGGUUCUAAUUUUUCUAAACCUAAGAGGACAGAUAUUGAUUUAUAAAAGGAACAGGAUGUUUUAGUAUUAAACAGUGCAUGUGAGGGAAACUUUUGGGUAUUUUCAUGGUGAUAUGUCAUAUUAUUUGGACUAUUUUGCGACCACUUCCAGGUGUACAUGGUACCCGCCCCGGUAAGUAAACUUCAUUGCAGAGCAGGCACAGUUUGAGGUGGGAUUUAGAAUAGGGGGUGUCUCCUUGGCCUAAUGUGGGGUUUGACCCUGGGAUCAGCAUAACGUCCUAAAGCAUUUCAGUGACUUCUAGGAAAUAGCUAAAGGCGCAUCUGUUUCAUCCCUGGUAAGUAUAUGGAGUAAUGCGUAGGAGUGGGAAGAUAGCCCCAUGCAGGUGACACACUCCUGGUGUCAGGGGGAUGGACAACCACCUGCCUCACAGCCACUAUCCUGGCACUUAGGCCUGGGGGAGUGGGGGUGAUGGGGAGAGUUGGGCAGACACUUAACCAAAGGGAGCAAGCCCUCUGGUUGUGUCAGAGGACCCCCGCUGGGGUCACCUACUGGGGGUAGAGCUUGUGGUGGGAAGGGGCCCCUUCCAUCUUGCAGCCAGAGCUGUACUUUCCUUCUUUGGGAAGCAUUGGUUUCGGGGCUUAGAGAUAAGGCAAGGUGGGGGUCCUGGGGAGAGGAAGCAGAGAGCAGAUGGUUGGGCCAAUCAGAAGAGCUUUCCAGGGUAGGGGGGGAUGCCCGGGGUUCAGGGCGGAUGCCGAGAGCCUCCAGUGAGUGGAAGUGGAACUGACCUCCUGAGUAGUGUCUCCUGGGCCCUGACGGUGGCGUGGUGGUUGGAGCAUGGGCAGCUGGCCAAGUACUUGCUAUCCUAUCUGUAAACAAGUACCAAUGUACUGGGUCUUUUCAUUAUAAAAGUAAACCUACACUUCAUAGAAAUUUUUGGAAAAUAAGGUAGAGGAAAGAAAAAAGUCAAAUUACCAUUUGGUGUCUUCUAGGCUUUUUUUCCCCUUCCAAUCAUGGUUUCUUUGCCUUUUGUUUUAACCUACUUGUGAUGCCACCUUAAAACAGUUUUGUGUAGCUGUUAUCACGGGCCUUUCCCUGUGUCAUCACUGGUUUUAGUUGGAAGUGGCCGUAGGCUCAUCCAUGCCAUAGACACUCUAGGGCUGGUGGUUGGUCAACAUUGCCAGCAUUGAUUUUCCCUGUUAAAGACAGAUGACUGUCUUUGUGCGUAAAGCUUUUUCCCAAUGUCUGUCAGGUUGUUUCCUUAGGAUAGAUUCCCAGAGGUGGGAUGGUUGAAUUAAGAGAGUAUGAAAACUUGAGGCUCUUAUUACAUAUUGACAGAAUGGUUUCCAGAAAUGUUAGUUUGCCCUGCCACCAGCAAGGGUGAGUGUGCCCAUCAAUGAGCUUGCCAGUGCUGGGGAUUGUCAGCUGGCCAAGUACUUGCUAUUUUGAUAACAAAAAAUAGUAUUGUGUUUGAGUUUGCGUUUCUUUGGUUUCUCGCAAGUUGAACAGCUUUUCAUGUUAAGUAGCUGUAUUUCGUAUUUGUGGAUUGUCAGUGUCCUUUGCUCUUACCUACUGGGGUCUAAUAAAUUUGUAUGAGCUCAUUAUAUAUUAAAGAUAUUAACAUGUUGUGUGUUGUA